UUAAUACAUGGUAACGCUGCAUUUUCGUGAUGCCUCUAAAUUCACCAUACAAAAGUUUGGACAUUCCUGAAGUAUCUCUGAGCGACUUCUUUCUGUCGCGUAUAGAAAAAUAUGGAGAAAAUAUUGCUUUGAUCGAAAACACGAUUGAAGAGAAGCAACUAACUUUCAAGCAGCUUCACAAACAAAUACACUCAUGUAGAAUAUUUUUUCAGAAACAGAAAAUAAAAAAAGAAGACAUUGUGGGCCUAUUGACUCCAAAUUGUCUGGAACAAAUAGUAGCAAUGAUGGGGGUAAUAUCUUGCGGGGCAAUCAUAUCCCUCUAUAAUCCCUCAUACAGCAAAAGAGAAAUGCAACAUAUAUUUGAAAUUACGAAGCCAAAAAUACUUAUCGUGUCGGACAUAAGCAUUGGUACUGUGAGGAGACUUCUUGAAAACGACCAGAAUAACCAUGUUCAAAAAAUCAUAGUCGUUGGGAAAAGUGACGAAUAUGAAACUUGGGAUGAAGCCAUCGCAUCUAGUAAAGAAAAUGAGGAAAACUGGGUAUCUACUUGCAAAAUAUUGCCAAAACAAGAUCUGGCAUUUCUACCGCAUUCAAGUGGAACCACUGGAUUGUCGAAAUGUGUCAUGCACACUCAUUUUAGUAUGGUCGCAACGAUAUUAUCAACUUGGCAUCUGUCUGGCUACAAUCGUGGAGAUACAUUAUAUAAUGAAAGACCUAUGUUUCAUGUGAGUGGAUUUAUAAUGGUGUUGACAGCACUGCAAGGAGGAUUGAAAGUUAUUAUGGAUGAGGAAUUUGAAGUUGAAAAAGCUUUAACUGCAAUACAAAAGUACAAGGUUAAUCAUUUUCUUCUGGUGCCACCUAUCUUGUUACAAAUGUCGCAGACGGAAUUGCACCAAAAAUAUGAUGCAUCAUCAUGGAAAACUUCAAUCACUGGAGGUGCAUCAAUUCCACCUACGAUAUUGAGGGACGUCAUUGACCGAUUCAGUCCUCAUAUAUAUCCCGCGUAUGGGAUGACAGAGUGUUUUAACAUAUCUUGGAACAAUCAAGGCAAAUCAUUUACAGAUUCAGUUGGAUCGGCUUUUGUGAAUACAGAAAUUAUGAUUGUUGAUCCAAAUACAGGAGAAGAAGUAAUAUCUGGCGAAGACGGUGAGAUUUGUGUCAGAGGGCCACAUAUGACACGUGGUUACUAUGGAAACACGAAGGCUACAAUGAGGGCAAUUAACAAAGACGGAUUUCUUCGCACAGGCGAUAUAGGACAUAUUGCAAAUGGCAUGCUUUACAUAGUUGGACGAUUAAAAGAAAUUAUUAAAUACAACUCAUAUCAGGUGCCGCCAGCCGAAAUAGAGAAUCUUCUUCUGAGACACCCGGGUGUUAAAGAUGCUGGAGUAGUGGGUGUUCCUGAUCCGGUUCGUGGAGAGCUACCGAAAGCGUUGGUUGUACGAAAAGUUCAAUCAGUCACAACCGAAGAACUCCAGAAGCUAAUUAAAAGUGAACUAGUCGAUUACAAACAGUUAAGAGGAGGUAUCCAAUUUGUCAGCAAAAUACCGAAAUCUAAACUUGGAAAAAUUGACCGGAAAGAAUUGAAAAAAUUGGCAAUCAAAUAAGAGGACAACAUGAUUAUCGGGGAUCGUCUAUUAUCUAUACAUAUUUCAUACAUAGAUGAUAAAUGCGUUUAAUGCUCCCUGCAGUGAUUAGUGCUGCCAAUGAAAAAUUCAACGUUUACAAUUAGCAUGAGCUUAUAAUAAUUUUGAUUAUUUACCAGAAAUAUGGAUAAAUAUUACUGCUGCGUUAAAAAAGAGAACUAAAUAAACUGUUCUCAACCAUCUAUCUGUACAUUACUGCAUUUUUCAAUUUAACAGUUUUAUCUAAACCCCAAUAUCUACACCCUGAUUAUAUAUUAUAAUAUUCACCUUGAGCACAAUGAAACACACUCCAGUUUUAAUCUGAGGUAGAACUUGUUUUCUGUUUAUUAUUCGAGAGAUAUCGAUAAAUGAUAAUAAAAGUAAACGCCGUGAAGCAUUUUCUGCCUACAAUCGCAAUGACCGUCACAU